AGUACUUAGGUUCAUUCGUUGUCCAUCAUGUUUUGGGUGAAGGUGCCAUUCCUCAGUGUGCUUUGCGCUGUAUUGUUCGUUACAAAUGGCUUCGUUACGGUCCAUAGCAACGGUUGUGAGCUUCCACCUGGACUUCGUGAAGAGAUAGCCGGAUAUCAGUCUGUGGUGGAUUCCAUUUUCCAUCACAUCGUGUCGGGUGAAUAUGCAGGAAAAACCUGGCAGAGUUUGCUCGAGUUUACGGAUCGAUUUGGUCCACGGCUCACCGGUACGAAGCAGCUAGAAGAUGCGAUCGAUUUUGCAGUCCAGGAGAUGAUCAACGAAGGACUCGAUAAUGUGCACACCGAGGAAGCCAUCGUGUCAAACUGGCAGCGUGGACGAGAAUGGGCAGAGUUGGUGGAGCCUUUCAAGAAGAAUCUCCCCAUGCUGGGACUUGGAAAAUCGGUCGGAACACCACCACAAGGAAUAACAGCGGAAGUGAUUGCUGUAGAGUCUUUCGAGGAGUUCGAUCAUUUCACUGAAGAACAAGUGAAGGGAAAGAUUGUAGUCUUUGCUCCUGCCUGGGUUGGAUAUGGACCAACAGGUCGUUACCGUUACGAAUCACCAUCAGUAGCAGCGAAAAAGGGUGCUGCAGCUGUAUUGAUACGUUCGAUGACUCCAUUCUCAAUCGGAACGCCUCACACCGGAACACUCGAGUAUGAUCCAGAUGUUCAACGUAUUCCAGCGGCAGCCAUUGCAGUUGAAGAUGCAAUGCUGCUGUUGCGUAAGUUCCGACGAGGAGAUAAAAUGAUUGUUCAUCUGAAAAUGGAAGCCGCCAAUCUCGAACCUACGGUAUCGCGCAAUACGAUCGGGGAGCUGGAAGGACAUACUUUCAAAAACACCUCUGUGGUGGUUGUUUCGGGUCACAUGGACAGUUGGGAUGUGGGUACUGGUGCUUCGGAUGAUGCUGGUGGCGUAUUUGUCUCGUGGAAAGCCAUAACGUUCCUCAAGGCAAUGGGAUUACGACCAAGGCGCACUAUUCGUGCCAUUUACUGGACGGCCGAGGAACAGUACUUAGAAGGCGCAAGUGUAUACGAAAGGCAACAUGCCGAGGACGAAAAACAAGAGUUUAACGUAUUCUUUGAGUCCGAUUCAGGUACGUUUGAGCCUACCGGACUGGACUUUGCCGGAAACAACGAUGCGCAGUGCAUUUUUGCAGAAGUGGCUAAACUGAUGACCGGAUUCAACGAUUUCACCUUCACGCAAGGAUCCGUAGGAUCGGACAUCGGCAACUGGGUAAGAAGAGGUUUCCCCGGCGUCUCAUUGCGCAACAAGAAUGAAAACUACUUUUGGUAUCAUCACACAGAAGGGGACACGAUCGAGCUGGAAGAUCCUGCGGCUUUGGACAAAAUCACUGCACUGUGGGCUGCAGCUUCAUACGUGAUUGCCGAUUUAAGCAUCGAUAUUCCGAAAAAUGUUAUCGAUUACAGCUUCAACUAGAAUGAAAAGUAUAUUU